AUGGCCGAUAGGGAGAAAUUUCAAAAUAUUAAGGAGAAAAUACGGUCAAAUGAAAUGCGGUUUGAAGAUGUUUGUUUUGCGGUGAUAUCUGAAAAAGGUGUUUUGCACACGGACAUGGUCCUUCUUCUGCUGGCCACUGAGGAGAUAGCCUUCCCUGGGGCCUCUUCGGCUGAGAUGCUUCGGCACGGGGAGAGGGAGCGCAGCCCAGGGACUUUUCACUCGUCCUGCCAGAAAGCGUACGAGAUCUACGAGGAGAUGCUGGGGAAAAGAUACUCAAACUUUCUCUACCUGCUCUGCGUCUUUCUGAAGGAGUUUUCAGCGCACAGCUUCACGCAGACGGCGUCGGAAGAGCCGUGGGUCCUGAAGAAGUGCCUGACCGCGUGCCAGGACAUUCUUUUCAUCCUGCAAAACAGGAAGCCCGGAGAAAAGCAGCUCGGGUACAUCUGCAGCGAAGUUCUGGACAUGCUCCUCGACGUAAUGAAGUGCCUCCCAGGGGAAAUCUCCGAAGAACUUGCAAAUACGAUGAUCGACUUGAAGCGAAUGGAGAAGCAAGUUGUUGGCAUCAUAAAUAUGCAGGUCUCCCUGGAGCCCGUUAUAAAGAUGCUCAAGUACGUCGUAGAGUUUGCAGCCAAGAAGGGCGACUAUCUGGUCGUUAGCAUGCUCCGGGCUCUGCACACGAUAGAGCAAAACAGAAAGUCUCUGGAAAUAUCGUACGGAAAACGCGUCUGUUUCCUCGGGAAGAUCCUCCAAAACGAGAUUCGCGCGUGGGGGAUGAACCUCCUGAGCCCUGCCUGCUGCUACGUCGAUCCUGCACACCCACUCUUAGCGGGGACUUUCGUCAUCAAGCCGCGCAUCUCCUGCACCCCCGGGAAGACAGAGAAAAGCAUAAGCGCGUACAUAGACGUGAUUUUGCAGGAACUCGCGCAGUUUAUACCGUACAUAUACAUUCGCAUGACGCACUUGCACAUUGAGGUCGGGGAAACGCACUCUCCCGUGAGCCUGAGCUCGUGGAAUGCACUUUGCUACAUCUUCAACCUCGAGAUAGUGAAGUGCGAGAUAAAGUUUGUCUCCCGAAAUAUGAGCAUGGUUUCCAACCUUCUGGGGAGCUUUUUCAAGUCCUUCGUGGCGCAGGACAUGGUUUCUCUCUCGCUGCACCCGGGGAUUCCGCUGAACGAGAAGAUCAUUGGGACGAUGGUGAAAAGUCUGAAAAUAAAGUCUCUUACUCUGAAGGAGUCUCUCUCAGACGGAGUGCCUGGCGCAGGAGUAGAAGACUUCCUGCGGGCAGCCUUCAAAAGAAAAGACAGCAUUUUCUUGCGCCUGGAGGACAUCCACAUCGUCUCCCUCUUCCAGAACUCUGUCGUUGUGGGGAUGCAAAGCAUCGUCUUCUACGGGAUAAAAAAGCUGAGUUUAGAGUUUCCGUCCUGCAGCACGUACAAGGGAAAACCCCGCAGGAGCAUCACAGAGAUUGUAAAGCCCUGCAUGUUUCCUGCCCUGUGCGAGCUGACAGUGAAGAACAACAGCCUCACCCGAGAAGACUUUGUUUUUCUCAACGUGCACAUGAAUCUGGUCCAAAUAACAUACGGGAAGUUCUACUGCCCCUCUGGCUCUUCGUACAUCGUGGAGCAGAAAACGUACAUUUUCAAAAAGCCUCUGGCGGUUGCCCUGAAUACGGGCAUUGUAUUUAUAAUAGCUGAAAGCAUUAUCCACGAGUGGUGCAGCAUGUACGGACUUUCCCUCUUUUCCGAGUGCUUGAUAUGCAAAGUUCCUUUCUAUCACGAACCGAAAAAGUCCGCUGUGAUCAUGCCGUGCGGGAGUGUCUCGCACAUAAACUGCAUUGGGGAAGCCUUCUCCAAAAAGAAGAAUCCCUGCUGCCCAUUCUGCAAGAAAAAAGUCCAUCUAGUAAUGGGGUUUCCCAUGGCGGUUGACACCAUGUUCAGGCGCCUACCAGACAGGAGUGUUUCAAGCCUGUCUGCCCGGGAAGAUCAAAAUGAUGGCGCCCUUUGA